AUGGACGACAUGAUUCAAGGAACCAAUCGGCCAGUUCGAAUCAUGAUAGUCGGCGACUCCAUGUCUCACGGUCACGAAGGGGACUUCACAUGGCGAUACAGACUAUGGCAAUGGCUCAAACAUGAGAGUAUCGACUUCGAAUUUGUCGGCCCCUACAGGGGUACGAAGACCCCGGAUCAACCUCACCCGCCGCAACCACCUGCUCUGGAGGACGACUUGCCGACAGGAGCUGAUGUCGCAAUCGACCGUGGAGGCUAUGCCGCCGGCGUGCAUUUCAACUCUCACCACUUUUCAGCCUGGGGCCGACAGGCGACACAAUGCAAGGACCUCAUCAAGGAUCAGGUGGCGCAAUUCCGUCCAGACUACUUGCUAGUUAUGCUUGGGUUCAACGACAUGGGCUGGGGAGUUGCGGACGCCGAAAACACUCUCGGUGCCAUGAGAGAACUGGUUAAUAACGCGCGCACUGCAAAAUCAGACAUCAAAUUCGCGAUUGCUGACGUACCGAUGCGGACCCCAAUGGAUGGGGCAGAGACGCUCCCUCCCAUGGUGGAAAAAUACAGCCAGCUUCUACAAAUAUCAAUCGAAAAUUGGACAACUGUUGAGUCCCCGGCCAAACUAGUGGAAAUCCGACAUGGCUAUGACUGCUCGCAUGGAAGCUAUGAUGGCUUACAUCCGAACGCAUUGGGCGAAUAUCAAAUCGCGAGAGCCUUCUCACAGACUCUCUUUCGGCAAUUUCGGUCUGGAAGAAAAGAACUAAGUAUACCGCAAGAAGUUCCUCAACGGCCGACGCCAGUGCCGGCGAAUGUUGUCGCAGAAGCAGUUCCAUACGGAAUUUCGGUGACAUGGGAUCCGACAUAUGGAGCCCUUGGUUAUGACGUAAGGAGUCAAAAAAAUGAGAGUCUGUCGUGGAACGAGGCGAGAGUAGAUGUGGCUCAGUACGACUCGACUUGGACACGAGAAGGAGAUGAGUACCAAUACCAAAUUCGGUCCUGCAAUGGAGAAAGCCUCAAGUCUGCCUGGUCGACCACGGUCUCGGCGAUUGCCCAUCCCAAAACUGCUCCGGGGCCUAGGAAUAUCACUACGAAACCGGAGACGGACAAGAUCAUUGUCAUGUGGGAAGAGCCGCCGGAAAAAGUGCAAGUAGACCGGUACGAGAUUAUCCUCGUGGAUCUGUCAUUACCAGGAUCAUUCCCAGCAAGUACAGGCGUGAGAGGGACUGUUGCGAUAUUCAAUGACCUGCCGGGAGGCCAUCGUUAUGGCUUGGCGAUCAGCACCUGGACAAAGUACGGAGGCGGUGUUCCGGCUGGAGGCCGGAGCUUCAUAGCCGGCUGCGGCAAGCCACAAGUCCCAACUCAACUGCGAAUUGAAGCCCAAGAAAUAAACACCGUACAACUCAAGUGGAAACGCUCGGAGAGUGCGGCAGGAUACCGCGUGUGGGUUAGGGACCGCGCUGAGAACCCAGGCUUUACAGAAGAUGGAGAGACAGAUUCCACAGAGUACAGCAUCACGUUUCUGUAUCCAGGCGCAUGGAACUUUGAGUUUUGUGUUUCUGCAUACAACGGAAGCCUCGAGUCGGAGAGGUCAGGCUGUGUUGUGUUGCCAAGGAGCGACGUGGAUUCUCGGCGAGGUGUCCUGGCUCUUAGCUGA